AUGAUGGGAUCAGGUUCUUCAGGUGGAGAUUUACGAACUCCACAGUUUGAUGGUGCAAACUAUGAUUUUUGGGCUGUCAAUAUGGAGACUAUCCUCAUAGCACAUGAUCUAUGGGAUGUAGUUGAGGUCGAAGUACAACCUCAGCGAAUUCUUGAGGAGGAAGAAGGCUCUAGAGGUGGCUCUGGAGGUGAAGGAAGUGAGGCUCAGCAAGUUUCAGUGGAAGCACCCACCAUCUCCAGAGAAGACAGAAUCAAAAACUCCAAGGCACUAAGUCUCAUUCAAGGAGCUUUAACUGAUGAGCUCUUCCCUCACAUCAGAAAUGAAAAGACUGCAAAAGGAGCUUGGCAUACUCUGAGAAGAGAGUUCAGAGCAGAUAAAAAGGUAAGAGCUGUAAAACUUCAAGUUGUUAGAGCAGAUUUUGAGUAUAUGAGAAUGACAGAUGGUGAAAGCUUAGAUAGCUAUUUGGCUAGAUUCUUUGGAACUGUGAAUAAUCUAAAAUCACUUUGUGAAGAUGUGUCUGAAACAAGAAUUGUGCAAAAACUUUUGAUGAGUCGAAGUAGAAGAUAUAAGUCCGUUGUGUCUAUUAUUGAAGAAACUCGAGACCUUGAUGUUCUUAGAGUUGAAGAGGUCAUUGCCUCUGUCAAAGUCUAUGAUAAAAGGGAGGACUUGCAUGAUGAAAGAGAUAAAUUGGCUGGAACUGAGAGAGCUUUUAGCAGCCUCAAGGUUGGAAAUAACCAAGUCCAUGGUACUCAUAAGGGCUCACAGAGUAGACCAAAUCAAAAGUGGCAGGGACAAGACAAAAAAUGA